AUGGCGCUAAGAGCAAGUGCAGGCAAAUUUGCUUCCGUGGCCGAAACAGAGGAUGGAGAGGAGAGGCAGAAAGAUGAUAGAGAUGGGAAGGAGAAGCCUCCUCCUCUCAACUCUUCUUUCUGCUUCCCAAAGUAUCUGAAGAAAUCAGAAGACAACAAGGCCAAGAAUGAUAAGGAGAGUUACUACAAGAGGAAUUACAAGGACUACUUUGAUUUCGUUGAAGGGUCUCUGAGGGCGAAGAAGGGAGAACUCUCUGAAUCAGAACAGGGGAUUCUUGACUGGCUUCAGAAGAACAAGUGA